CACUCCGCAGCCGAAACACGGAUCGAUACUACGCUAUACAGUCAUAUACGCACUUAAAAUUAACUUUAUAUUCGUUUAAAAUAGUAACGGAUGUAUUCACCUUACUUUGAGGGUUUUGUUGUUGUGUUGAAUUGGGUUUAAAGGUGUUCAAAUGUAAAGUGCACACCUGUGGAGACAGUAUCGCUUGAGCUAGUCACUCCCAUUGUAUCGCCAAUCUCUCCGGAAAUAUCUUCUCAUCUCACUGGUAGACGACACAAACUUCACUCUCUGCGGAAGAUACAAAAUCUGUCUCGUUUUAAAUGAUCGUGUAAUUUCGUUUUCGUGAUUUACACAUCUUAGUUUAUUCGAAAGUUCAUGAGGAAGUUUUUUUAGGACGGUUGAAUGUUUUAUUUUGUCGCCGCGUGCACUUGUUAUGGGCGUUGUAGCUUGUUUGACUUAAGCUGAGAAUAACAAGUCUGUUUUCCCUUCUCAAUACACAAAUAUUUUGGCAGCAGAAGUGGAAGUGUGUGAAGAAAGGUGUGUUGAUAGUCUGCUGCUGGUGGUCUCUCCGACAUGGACCCUAUGGACGGAGGAAUGCGUUACACUCCCCGUUCUUCGGACAAGGACUGGGACCAAGCGGUCACAUUUUUGCCAGCAUCAGAUAAUAAAAAGCUGGAGAAGAAAAGGGGCCCUGGAAGAGUUGGGUUCAUCGUUGGUCUGGUGAUCUUGGCAGCCGUUUUGGCUUUGAUCGUUGGGGUUCUGGUCUGGCAUUUCCAUUUCCGGAAGGAUUUUAAUAUACAGAAGAUUUACACCGGCUCGCUUAGGAUAACAAAUCAACCUUUUGUGGAUGCGUAUGAAACCUCAGACAGUCCAGAGUUUCAAGGCUUGGCUAAACAAGUCAUGUCUCAGCUGAAAUCAAUGUACUCAGAAUCUCCACUACUGUCUAAAUAUUAUGUUGGUUCCAGAGUUCAAGCCUUCAGUGAGGGCAGUGUAAUAGCUUACUAUGAGUCCGAUUUCACUGUUCCAGUGGGGCAGGACAAAGCAGUGGAUCAGGCUGUGAGCGAGUUAUCUAACAUGUAUAGCGCCCCUAAAGCUGCACGCGGUGUUGUGAAAAAUCAAGGUCCCCUGAUCUUCGAUUAUGUUGUGUCUUCAGCUCUGGACACACGUUUGUUCUCAAAUGCCAGGACAAGUACAAGAUACGCCCAGCACACCAGAGAUACUGCGGAUGAGAUCAUUAAAUCACCGGGUUUCCCUGACUCCCCAUAUCCUCCAAACUCUGUUGUGCAAUGGCAGCUUCGGGGAGACCCAGGGUUUGCACUAAAGUUGUCUUUCGACACCUUCAACCUGGAACAAAACUGUGCAAAGGACUUUGUGAGAGUGUAUGACUCUUUGGUCCCCAUGGACAAAUUCCUUAUGGCAGAGAAGUGUGGCUACUAUUCUCCCAGUGAUCCUCUAUCCUUCAUCUCGUCUCGGAAUGUUAUGCUGGUCACCUUGGUAACCAGCGACGAAGAGAAUUUCCCUGGAUUCAGAGCCCGUAUCAGUCAGAUCAAGCUAGAUGGUCUCCCGUGUGGUGGUCCAUUGACUGGAUCCUCUGGUAGUUUCCAAUCACCUAACUUCCCUAAUUAUUACCCCCCCAACACAACAUGUCACUGGGACAUCACGGUUCCUGUUGGCAAAUUCAUCAAGCUGAAGUUCCCCAAGUUUAUGGUUUCAACUGAGAGUUGUUCAGAUUAUGUGGAGAUUGCUGGUAAGAGAUUGUGUGGGCAGAAGCCAGCUAAUCAUAUGGUUACCGGCAACAGUAACACGAUGACUGUUGUGUUCCACUCGGAUUCAUCAUAUGUAGAUCGAGGUUUUAAAGCCACUUUUGAGGCGUACGAGCCCACUGACCCCUGCCCGGAGAUGUUCCAGUGCGACAACAAACGCUGUGUAAAACCAACCAUGCGCUGUGACGGCUGGAACGAUUGUGGUGACAGCAGCGAUGAGAAGAAUUGCCAAUGUGACUCCGGUAUGAUCCAGUGCAAAAACGGUUUCUGUAAGCCCAUGUUCUUUCUGUGUGAUGGCAUAGAUGACUGUGGAGAUGGAACAGAUGAGAUUAAUUGUGGAUGUAAGGCUGGAGAAUUUAAGUGCAGUAAUGAUCAGUGUGUCUCCGAGAAGCUGAAGUGUGACGGGAAUCGUGACUGUAAUGAUGGCUCAGAUGAAGAAGGCUGUUCAAGGGAUUUGUCUUGUACAGUCACAACUUUUACGUGCAAUAACAAAAAAUGCAUCACCAAAAUGAACCCUCAGUGUGACGGGCAAGAUGACUGUGGCGACGGUUCUGAUGAGACCAACUGCAACUGUGGCAAGAAAGCUUUCAAGUCGUCUCGUGUUGUGGGUGGGGAGGACGCAGUUGUGGGCGAGUUCCCAUGGCAGGUCAGCCUCCACGUUAAAAACAUGGGUCAUGUUUGCGGUGCAUCAAUCAUCAGUAAACGCUGGCUUGUGUCGGCUGCCCACUGCGUACAAGACGACAAAAUCAAGUAUUCUCAACCGGGCACAUGGGAAGCAUACUUGGGUCUUCACACACAAAAAGACAAACAGGCGGCAACGAAGAGAUUGCUAAAACAAAUCAUUCCUCACCCGUCCUACAACUCCUACACCUAUGACUAUGACAUCGCUCUCAUGGAGUUGGACGCAGACGUGACCUACAGUGACACCAUUCGACCCAUUUGCUUGCCGAGUGCCACCGAUGUCUUCGGCUCUGGUGACUCUGUCACUAUCACCGGUUGGGGUGCCACUAGAGAAGGGGGCGCUGGAGCGACUGUGCUGCAGAAAGCGCGGGUUCGCAUCGUCAAUGGUACGACGUGUGAAAAGCUUAUGAAUGGUCAGAUCACUUCUCGCAUGAUGUGUGCUGGCAUUCUGACUGGAGGAGUGGAUGCUUGUCAGGGCGACUCUGGCGGUCCUCUGGCCUUCUUAUCGGAUGACCGUAUGUACCUUGCGGGAGUUGUGAGCUGGGGUGACGGUUGUGCCCGCAAAAACAAGCCAGGCAUCUACACAUAUGUCCCAAAAUUCAGGGGCUGGAUCAAGGAGAAGACGGGAGUAUAACUUGCCUGGAGAUUAUGAUGAACUGAGAAAUUUUAUGAACUGUUGUAGCCCUGUAAAUGCCUGGGUAAACAGAGGGAUGGACAUGUUGACCUGUUUUUGCAUUUUUUAAAAUUGUUUUAUAUAUAUUUGUAUAUUUUAUGAGGCGAGUGGUUAAGGGGUUUUUAUUCGGUCUUAAGAUGUGUAAAUAAAUGUCUUAUUUUCUCCUUUUAGAGAUUUUGUGGUUUUUAGUACUUACAUUCUUGAAUUGAAGCUUUUAUUUUUGGAUUGUGAAUGAUUUAGUUGUUUGCCUCUGUACCUUUAGUUUUCUUAGUUUCUGGAGACACACUCCCAUACUUAAAUGUGAACGUCAUGCUUUUUAUGACUUGUGCAAAAUGUAAUGUAAUGUGACUUAAGUUUGAGAUACUUAUGGAAACACUUCUGGAGUUCUGGAUCUUGAGUGCUUUUAACUUUAUUCAGGGAUUACAUUUAACACUUUAAAAAUAAAAUUGAAAGUUUGUUUCAUGAAACAUGA